GUCACAAUACCCUCAGCUGACAGGUGGUUGCCCACACACACGAUCCUGCCAAGUGGUGCCUGAACUUGUCAGAGGAUGCUGCCUCGCUCUCGUCCUUUCGAUAACUAGUGUCGCUCAAGGCGUCGUGGUGAUUGUACUUGACACGCAGGAUACUUGCAUUUCUUAUCUAUUUGUAACUUGUUGCCGCGUGAACUGGUGCUUGAAAGUGCGUUGACGUCCUCAGAAGAAUGUGGAUGUAGGGUAACUAUUGCCACAGCAUAGUUACUUCGUGGUGGAGGCAAGUUCUGUGAGACACGUGGCAAAUACACCAAGCGCAGUGACCGCUGAAGUUGUCUGACUUGUUGUUUCUAAGAGGGGAGUGUUAAACAGUGACGCCGUGCAGUGAUGGAGCAGACAGUGAUGAGCGGCGGAGGCCUGCCGUUACCCGUAGCCACAUCAGGGGGUGUGAUGCCCCUCGGAUCCUCCCUGGCCACGCUAGCUCCCCUCGAGCCCCCGAGGUCCUCGCCGUACCCAGGACUCCUCCCGGGGGCCGAGUGGGGACUCCUGGAGACCACAGACAUCACACGCGACUACGGAGGUCUCUUCUCCUCCUCCCUGGUUGAGUACGGACUGCCGCCCAUCCUGCCGCGGACGCCCACGCCCCACGACGCGCUCCAUCCCUCCCACGACCUCACCUACACCUCAAGCCACUACCCGACGCCCGCCGAAUACCCUGCCCCCCUCACCCCCGAGAGCGACCCUCCCUCCGACGGAAAUGGAUCUCCAACUUCCUCCCCGCCCGCGGCGCCGCACGCCCUCUCCGCACAUACAUUCACACCGACGUCGCACUUCAGCACGCCCUCCACCCAGCACUUUACGAGCUCGUCGUACCUGCCGGCGCACACAACUACCUACUCCUUUAGCAGUCUGUCCCCGCCGACAGACGACCUCGCCACUCUAACAUCCGUCCUGCCGUCGUCUGGAGGAGGAACCGCCCAGGAGUCGCAGCAGACGCCCCUGGGAUCCCUCCUCCCGCUGCCGACCUCCAGCGCCGGAGGAGGAAGCGGUCAAGGCCGACCUCCUGGGGAAGCCGCGAAAGGAGCGCACAGCCUUCACGAAGCACCAGAUCCGGGAGUUGGAGGCCGAGUUCCAGCACUCCAACUACCUCACUCGACUCCGCCGCUACGAGAUUGCCGUCUCGCUCGACCUCACCGAGAGACAGGUAAAGGUGUGGUUCCAAAACCGACGGAUGAAGUGGAAGCGGACGAAGAGUGUGGACUUGCCCAAGCUCCAGCACCCGGAGGAGAGUAAGCCCCAGUUCCCGAGCUCGACCCCGGACGCCAGCGACAAAGCCCCUACUUCAGGCAAACGAUCACGAAAUCCGACCACGACACAAACAACGACAGCAGCACUAGGGGGGACACAGCGCCCCCUCGCGACCCCCUGCUGACGCCGGCGACGCCCGCUUCCCGGCCACCUGGAGGGCGCAGGCCACUACCACAGCCUGCACCACGACCUAGGAGACGCCACCUCCUUCCUGACGGAGGCUGAGGCCUGCUAGUAACGCCGCCCGCCAGUCUUGCGCUUCAGGCACUCGCUGCUUUUCACUUUCUCCUUUCUAACUCACUCGUUUUAAUUAGUAUUAUUGACUAAUCUCAUAUUUAUUUAUACGAUUAUAGGGUAAGGAAGGCCAUUUUUGUUAUUUUUAUUCACGAUUCUCACCGCCUGUAGCUGAAUGAUUUGUUUAUAUAUUCAUUUUCAGUAGACAACUUUAAAGACAGCUUAGCAAAGGGUUGUACGAUGAAUGAUACUCAUUAUGAUU